AAGCUUGGAUACGAUGCGAGCUUGCACGGUCCAUGCCAAAUGCGAACUGAUGGCGGGAAGACACAAAAGUCUCCAACGGUUGACCAGCCGGAGCGGGGCUGCGGCGCUGCGCCGACGCAAUGCGCAUCCCGCUCGCGCUGGUUCCCUUUCCGCUCGCAACAUCCCGCCAGCUAACAGGGACCAGGAACCCUUGAGAAGUCUUCAGCUGGCCAUUGCUUGUCUUACCCAUAUCCCACCACUGUGCAUGUUCAUACAAUACCGCGAUUGACUCAGGUAUACACACGAUACCACAGCCUGCUCAAUUGGCCACAAUGCAGACAACUAUCGUCGUCUUGGGAGCAGGCGUAUCAGGCCUCACAUCGGCUCUGCUGCUCGCCAAGAACAAGAACAACAGGAUCACAGUCGUAGCGAAGCACAUGCCCGGUGACUACGAUAUUGAAUAUGCCUCCCCGUGGGCCGGUGCCAACGUUCAGCCCAUGUCCCUGAGAGACAACAGCAGGUGGGAGCGUCGAACUUGGCCUGAGCUCAGACGCAUCACGGAGCAAGUCCCCGAAGCGGGCAUCCACUUUCAAAAGAGUUUAAUCUACCGUCGAGAUGGGGAUCUAGUUGGUGGAUACUUCCCGGACGGACUCUUCGAGAAGGACCCCUGGUUCAAAGAAGUGCUCCCCAACUUUCGCGAGCUGGACUCCUCAGAGGUGCUGCCGGGACACGACUCGGGCGCAGAGGUGGACAGCAUCUGUAUCAACACAGCCGUCUAUCUCCCCUGGCUGCUGGGGCAAUGUUUGAAAGCAGGCGUAGUGGUCAAGCGUCACAUUCUCACGCACAUUAGCGAAGCCAAGGCGCUGAACCACACAGGCAAGGCAGCAGACAUCAUCGUCAACGCAACUGGUCUCGGGUCACUGAAGCUCGGAGGCGUCGAAGACAAGAAAAUGGCGCCGAUCAGAGGCCAAAUUGUCGUCGUGAGGAAUGAAUGCACCCCGAUGGUCUCUACCUCAGGCACCGACGACGGACCGACUGAGCUGCUGUAUAUCAUGCAGCGCGCCGGCGGAGGUGGUACGAUCCUCGGUGGCACCUACGACAAGGGCAACUGGGAGUCGCAACCCGACCCGAACAUUGCGCAGCGAAUCAUGACAAGGGCCGUUGCUGCCAGACCCGGGCUUACCAAUGGCAAGGGCGUGGAGGGACUCAGUAUUGUGCGCCAUGGUGUGGGACUGAGGCCAUUCCGUGAGGGAGGCGUGAGAAUUGAGGAGGAGAAGCUGGCAGACGGGACUUGCGUGGUGCACAAUUAUGGGCAUUCGGGAUGGGGGUAUCAAGGCAGCUUCGGCUGUGCUGAAGCGGUCGUUGUGCUGGUGGAGAAGAUUCAGAGACAACAGAAAGCCAAGCUUUGAGCAAAUCAGUGAUUGAUCCUUCAAUUACUUGGUGUUUGUGUCGGUCAUGAGUUGGUGAGACUGGACGCUCAGAUAGCUAUAUCGGGGCGAUGCAUGUA